AUGGCCACGUUUGGCGGCCUUCAACUAAACGGAUCGUUCCAGGAGUACGUAGUCUGUGUGGAACGAUAUAUGGUCCUCAUUCCAGACGGUGUCUCGGACUACGUGGCUGGGCCCAUUAUGUGUUCGGCAUCAACGGUUUACUCCUCACUCAGGGAAUCCGGCCUCAAAAGUGGGCAAUGGGCAGUGUUUCCAGGUGGUGGUGGCGGCGUGGGCAUCCAGGGUGUUCAGCUUGCGGCAGCAAUGGGUAUGCGGCCGAUCGUAGUGGAUACUGGCAUUGAACGGGAAGCCCUGGCGAAGCAAUACGGAGCCGAGUAUUUUGUAGAUUUCCAGAAAGAAGAUCCUGUCAAAACAGUCAUAGAGCUCACAGGUGAGGGGGGCCAUGGUGUUUUCGUGACCGGUGUGCAGGCAUAUCCGUUGGCUUUACAGUAUCUUGGUUCCCGUGCUGGAGCCAAAGUCAUGUGCAUUGGACUACCUCCUAAGGGUCGCUUUCACAUGGAUGUUGACCCCACUCAACUAAUACUUCUGAAUCAGUCGAUUCACGGCACUUUUGUUGGUGGCAAGGCAGAUAUCGAAGCAGCUCUAGACUUCGCAAGAAAGGGUACAUCAACCGUCGCUCCGUUUCAGAUCUUAACCAGGUCUGUCAGCACUAUGUCACUGACACCUCUACAGGCCAGCUGA